AUGGCCUCCCUCUUCAUUAUUUUAGCUACCCUUUCAUUGUCCUUACUGUGCAAUUGCCGUGCUGAUCUCAUAUCCGACGUAUGUUCCGCAACAAAAAUCCCCGAUUUCUGCACCAAAACCCUAAGGUCCAACCCGGCCGCUUGUGCGGCGCCCGAUGUCAAAAGCCUGGGCAUAAUCGUUGUCGGAAUAGCUAAAUCAGCCAUCCAAGACCUCAUUGCAGUCACCAAGAAGAUUGGCGGCCCACGCGUGGAAUGCGUUGAGAUAGACAAUUCUGCCAUAGAAGACAUUGACGAGAUCUUGAAUUACUUGACAAAACCCGACAGCAGCAUGAUCGUGACCAAAGAUGACUUUCUCGUCAAUGUCUCGAGAGUUAACAUUGAUAUGGACACUUGUGAAGAUGAAUUUGGAGGUGGUGAGCAGGAUGGUCUGAAAACGGCGACGGACCAGGCAGAGAGCACCGUUAGGAUAUUGUAUGGUAUUGGGAAUAAAUUAUUUGGAGUAUAA